CGUGCCAGCUAUGCGGUGAAGAUGUGCGCUGCCAGGUUCAGUAACUGUCUGAACGGCUGUGCUGAGGAGGCCGGAGCUACAGGGGCGGCUGGUGGAUCUACUGGUCCGCUCAUGGCCUCCAGGAUGCUGGACUGGACCGAGGCUGGCUCCCGCAUCCUCCACAGCCUGGAGAUGGGUACAGUCAUGACCCUGUUUUACCAGAAGAAAUCCCAGCGCCCCGAGAGAAGGACUUUCCAGAUCAAGCAGGACACGCGACAGAUAGUUUGGAGCCGGAACCCAGAAAAAAUAGAGGGAGAAAUUGACAUCCGAGAAAUCCGGGAGCUGCGGUUGGGAAAAGGAUCCAGGGAUUUCGAGCGCUACCCAGAGGAGGCUCGUAAACUGGACUCCUCCCAUUGCUUCAUCGUGCUGUACGGGCUGGAGUUUCGCCUGCGCACUCUCAGCGUCGCUGCCUUCAGUGAAGAAGAAGUGAACAUGUGGAUCACAGGUUUAAACUGGCUCAUGAGCGACACCCAGAGGGCUCCAGCUCCACAGCAGACAGACAGGUGGCUGAGGAAGCAGUUUGAGAUGAUGGACAGGAAUCAUGAAGGCAGCAUCACAGUGAAGGAUGUGAAGACCCUCCUGCCUCAGAUCAACUACAGAGUCCCCAACAUGCGCUUUCUCAAAGACAAACUGCAGGAGGUGGAGGCCAGGAAUGACUUGUCGUACCCAAACUUUGCACAGCUGUACCGGACACUGAUGUUUGAUGCUCAGAGGACUAUAAUUGAGCAGCUGGACCUGUCCUUUCCUCUGCGGAAUGUUGACCGACCUGAGCUGUGUCAGAUCUCUCUCUAUGACUUUCAGAAGUUUCUACAGAUGGAUCAAAAGGAAUCUUGGGCGUCUGAUUUGGGUCGAGUGAGAGAGUUUCUAAUGGCCUACAUGAGAGGGGCUCCAGCACCUGAACCUCUUCUGCAACUGGACGAGUUCUUGACGUUCCUGUUCUCCAAAGAAAACAGUAUUUGUGACCCACGCCUCUCUCCCCUCGUCCCAGAUGACAUGAAAAGACCCCUGUCCCAAUACUGGAUAUCCUCAUCUCACAACACCUACCUAACAGGUGACCAAUUUUCUAGUGAGUCAUCUCUGGAAGCCUACGCUCGCUGCCUGAGGAUAGGAUGUCGCUGCAUUGAAUUGGACUGCUGGGAUGGACCUGACGACCUUCCUAUUAUUUACCACGGACAUACCCUAACCUCAAAGAUCAAGUUCCUUGAUGUGCUCUACACCAUUAAAGAACAUGCCUUUGUCACAUCUGAGUACCCGGUCAUCUUGUCCAUAGAGGACCACUGCAGUGUUGUCCAGCAGAGAAACAUGGCAACUCACUUUAAGAAGGUCUUUGGAGAUCUGCUGCUGACCAAACCUGUUGACAACAACGCAGAAGAGCUGCCCUCGCCCUACCAGCUCAGACGCAAGAUACUCAUAAAGCACAAGAAACUGGUGGAGGGUACAGUGUAUGAGGAAGUGUCCAGUGCCAGUUACUCUGAGAACGACAUCAGUAACUCCCUAAAGAAUGGCAUCCUGUACCUGGAAGACCCCAUCGAUCAUACAUGGACCCCACACUAUUUUGUCCUGACUACACACAAGAUCUAUUACUCAGAGGAGACGUCCCACUACCAAACAGCUGAGGAAGAGGAGGAGGAUGAAGGAAAAGAGGAGUGCAACAAUAAUGAGCAGCACUGUGCGGAGCGCUGGUUCCACGGGAAACUGGGCGGGGGCAGAGAUGGGCGGCAGGUGGCAGAGAAGCUACUGCAGGAUUACUGUGAGGGAGGGGGCAAAGAUGGCACCUUUCUGGUCCGAGAGAGCGAGACCUUUGUGGGGGACUACACCCUGUCCUUCUGGCGCUCAGGGCGGGUGCAGCACUGUCGGAUCCAUUCUCGUCAGGAGUCUGGCUCUACACGUUUCUACCUGACGGAUAACCUGGUGUUCGACAGUUUGUACCGCCUCAUCUGCCACUACAGAGACACGCCCCUGCGUUGCAACGAGUUUGAGAUGAGACUCGGAAACCCCGUGCCCCAACCCAACGCCCACGAGAGCAGAGAGUGGUACCACUCGAGCUUGUCCCGGGUCCAGGCUGAACACAUGCUCAUGCGUGUUCCCAGAGAUGGAGCCUUCUUGGUGCGGAAACGCAGUGAACUCAACUCCUAUGCCAUCUCCUUCAGGGCUGAGGGUAAAAUCAAGCACUGUCGUAUCCAGCAGGAGGGCCGUCUCUUUAUGCUGGGCAGUUCGGCUGAGUUUGAGAGUUUGGUGGAUCUAGUGAGCUACUAUGAGAAGCAUCCUCUGUACAGGAAAAUGAAACUGCGCUACCCCAUCAAUGAAGACACACUGGACCGGAUGGGCACCACUGAACUAGAUUACGGAGCGUUGUAUGAGGUUCGAACUCCUCAUUUCUAUGUGGAAGCUAAUAAAAUGCCAACAGCCAGGUGCACAGUAAAAGCUCUAUAUGACUACAGAGCUCAGCGAGAGGAUGAGCUGUGCUUCCCAAAACAGGCCCUCAUCCUAAAUGUGGAAAAGCAAGAAGGGGGUUGGUGGCGGGGAGACUAUGGGGGGAAAAAGCAGCUUUGGUUUCCUGCAAAUUAUGUGGAAGAAAUGCCUAGUUCUCCGACCAGAGAGUUGGAUGAAGCAUCGUCAGAAAACAGUCCUCUUGGAACAUUUCUCAAAGGCUUUAUUGAUGUUCCCAGUUGCCAUGUUGUGGUGCAUAAAGAUGGGAAGAACUUGCGUCCAUACGUGUUCACCAUUCACUCCCAGCACCUGUCCUCUGUUCCGGUGCAGACGCUGGAUGUGGCAGCAGACAGCCUGGAUGACUUGAGCAGCUGGGUCAGCCGCAUCCGUGAGGCUGCUCAGAACGCAGACGCUCGGAUGCAGGAGGAAAAACAGAUGGAGAGAAGAAAGAAGAUCGCUGUGGAGCUGUCAGACCUGGUGGUUUACUGCAGACCGGUACCUUUCAAUGAAGACAAGAUCGGUACAGAAAGAGCCUGCUACAGGGACAUGUCAUCUUUCCCGGAGACCAAAGCAGAGAAGUUUGCAACUCGUGGAAGAGGGAAGCGUUUUCUGCAGUACAACCGGAGACAGCUGUCCAGAGUCUACCCCCGAGGACAAAGACUGGACUCCUCCAACUAUGACCCUCUGCCCAUGUGGCUCUGUGGGUCACAGCUGGUGGCUCUCAACUUCCAAACACCAGAUAAGCCCAUGCAGCUGAACCAGUCCCUGUUCAUGCUCAGUGGAGGCUGUGGGUUUGUGCCACAGCCCGACAUCAUGAGAGACGAUGCAUUUGACCCAUUUGACAAGGACACGCUGCAUGUGGAGCCCAUCACAAUACAACUGCAGGUGUUGGGAGCUCGUCAUCUGCCUAAAAAUGGGCGCAGUAUCGUGUGCCCGUUUGUGGAGGUAGAAAUCUGUGGAACAGACUAUGACAGCUGCAAGUACAAGACAGAUGUAGUAGCUGACAAUGGCCUGAACCCAGUGUGGCUCCAAAAGCAGUUUGUGUUUGACAUCCAUAACCCAACCUUCUCCUUCCUGCGCUUCACUGUCUUUGAGGAGGACAUGUUCAGCGACCCCAACUUCCUGGCCCAGGCCACGUGCCCUGUGCGCCUUCUCCGAACAGGCUAUCGCAGUGUUUCCCUUAAGAACAGCUACAGCGAGGAGCUAGAGUUGGCCUCGCUGCUUGUCCACAUAGAAAUUGUCAAUGCAAAGGAGGAGGAUGAUGAAAACCUGUACACGUCUAUACAGCGAUUGCGGGAUAGGACCAGUGAGCUCUCCACUCAGGUGUCACUGCUGGAGCGGGCGGGCUCAGCAGAAGUGGGCUAUCAGCAGAGUCUGGAGGAACUGAGGGCUGCACAGGAUCAGUUGAGUGAACUCGUGGAAGCUCGCAACCGCAGGCUGAUUGAGAAGAAAAGGAGAGAGAAACUGAGGCAGCAAGUAGCAGCCAAGCGCAGCUAAUUGUCUUGGUCACUAGAGGGCUCUAAAGUCAACGCAAAGCUUGUGCAACUAACUGGUUCAGCUUUCAGUAGACCUGUCAGAACUGGAUGAAAACUUGUUUCUCCUCAUACCAAAAUGUGAAACGUUUGCUGUCAGGGGAGCAAAAAACAAACAAAAGCAUCUCAUGGACUAAAAUACCUAAUGUUUUAAGCUAAUAACAAUCACAGAGGUGGAGACAGAGGAGCAAAGUGGGGACUCUUCUCCAAAGCUCUUUCACUUUUAAGAUAACUUUUUAUAACGUUUUAUAUUUGAAUGAAAUUGAUGUCAGCUGCACCUUAUCCAAAUGUAUGCGCAGUAGCCUACAGUCCGCUGAUCACAAAGUUUAAAGUAUUAGCUUUUUUCCCAAUAAGUGACAAACCAAGCUUUUUAAUCAUUGGUGUCUUACUGCUCAAAGUCAAAUGUGAGAAAAUAAGAUUUCAUUUUUUCCACACACUCAUCCUGUAAGUUAUUUUAGUUUUAUUAAGCAGUAAUGUUUUCUAAUUGGCAUACAAAGGUGCACUGCGGAAUAUUUCCAGUGAAGAGACCAGUCACCUGCUUGUCUCCAUGGAAAUAUUACUGCUUUGUCUAAAGUGUUUCAUAUUAUAGAUUCUAUCACGAGGAAGGCCAUUCAGAUCCUUGGAGAGUCACCCCAUUCACAGAAUGAAUGAUUGUAUUUUUUUAGCAAUAGAAACACCCAGUAAUGAAUGAAUGUGGAUAUGUUUAAUGGCAUACCAUUGAAACAUUCCAGGCUAAUAACAUCUCCAUGGAGACAAGCACGUAGUGGACUCUCCACCAGAAAAGUUGCGCAGUGCACCUUUAAGCAUAUUAUAGACAUGUAAAGCUGAUCUAAUCCUUUUAAAAAUGAUAAUGCAGAUUUAAAGACAGCUGUGAUGGGCUUUUGAGCUCAAAUACAUUUACAGAAUAACCUCUGGAGAGGGCUGAAAUAAAGGCUACUUGUAACUAAUAGACAAGUGAAGUGCAGAGUUUAAAGUGCAUAUGACAGGUUUGCUUUUUCGUUAUGUCAAUUAAUAACAAUUAUGUUUUGGUCUUUGUUUAGUAUAUGGUGGAUCGAUAACCCUGCUCACUGUUAGAAUACCUGUCUUUCUAGAUAUUUUUGAGCUAUAAAACCAUUUGAAGUAAUUUAAUAAUUGUGAAGUAGAGCUGUUGUCAAUCAAAAUGUUACACAGUGCACCUUUAAUUAUAAAACUAUGUUAAUUAGGUUUGAAUAAAAUCGUAGUCUAACCUGUCAUAUGCACUUUAAGCCCUUUGCCAGAAACACAAAUAACUCAGGUCAAUAACUAAGAAUGAAGAGAGAGGAGCGGUGGGCACUUGUAGCAAAGGAAAUCUCGUGUCUGUGCCUUCUGUGAGUCGACUGUACACACUGCAGGACAAUAACAGGUGAAUAAUGAAGCCAGUAUAAUCCAAUGAACAACUGUAAUAGUGGGAGCGAGUACUACUUUGGGUUGGACUACUACUCAUCAGGUGGGGCUAAAGGUAAAAAGACUGAUCAUGUGUUUUUAUUGUGAUUUAAUGAUAUAUACUAAUAACUUUUACCUGGGAGAGCACAAACUGGAUGAAUUAAAUAACAAACCCUCAUCAAACUACUCAAGAAGGUCUUAAACUACUACUUCUAAGGGCUCUAAUCUAUACUACCUUCAGAGAGGCAGGGUGGAGAGCGCCCCCUGGCGGUCAGUUGCACAGGGGGUGGCUGUGUUAAACGUGUAACUAUUAAGGGCUAUAGGACAAUAAGCAAAGCACUUGUUCACCUGCCAACUCUGUGUCAUGCAUUUCUCUCAACUAGGGCUAGUGCCAUCGUCUGACUUUAAUCAACAGAUGUGGAUCAACUGGUCUGGGAUCAGCCAAAUACAGGUGCAAAAGACCCACUGCAUGGCUUCAUAAUGGAAUAGGUAACACUUUUAAAACUAGACCUUAAUUAUCCUUAAAAAUGCACAAAUUAAGACUUAAUUCCUAUUGAACAAAUAGUUUAUUAAGAAAGGUUCAGGCUGAGUAACUACUUAAAAAGGAACACCUGCUUGUCUCCAUGGAAUUGUUAUUGCUUCACCUAGAAUGUUUCAUACCAUGGAACAUUCCAGGCAAUGCAACAACAUUUCCAUGGAUGCAAGUAGGUAGCGGACCAUCUGUGAGUGAGGCUGCGCCUGAUAUUUUACUGUCUUAAAAACUUGAAAUAUAGAAGUAUAGUUAAUUUGCAGUGCAGACUUUCAGCAGAAUUUUAAAGUGACUGUAAAGCUAACAACAACUAGUAUGCUAAUGUGCACUUUCUAAUUAAUGGACAAUAAUGCUUAUACAAUAUAUCCACUGGCGCAAGACACAUUUUGCUCAAAUACGUAGGGAAAAAUCACAUGCAGGGCCUUUAAGAGGUUAAAGUUUGGGUAUUAAAUAAAUCUCUAAAUCCCUGAAUCAUUCGUAAUAAACAAUAUGAUUAUGAAUUAAGUCUUUCUUAAUGCGUUAUUAAAGCUAAUUUAGGUGAAGUUAUCAAAUAAGUGUUACCAAAUAAUAAAUAAUCCACACUCUGUCUAAUUUAUCAUUGUACAUAUGUUUAUUUAUCAGACCUGUUCUCCUACAUAAAAAUAUUCAUAAAUGUUAUGAAUUCAGAUUAUUGAUGAUUAUGUCUGCAGAAAUCUUGUUUGUAAGCUCCCUUUAAAUGUCCCACUGAUUCAGACCUAUAUACACCUGCACAGUGGAGCAGGGUCUCUAUGCAAAGUUCAUCUCUGGGCCUACAGCUUUUGUGAAAUAGGCCAAGUUGUGUUUUCUUUGUCUGAACUGUUCAGUAUUAUUCCUCUGCAUUUCA